AGGCACUGCAGGGGUUAAAGUGGGAGCUCUCUGCUGCUCACCGUCCUUCCUGGAGAUUAAUGUGCUAAGUCUCAGCUGUUCAAUGUGUCUGUAUCGGAGGGAAAGUGUUGGUCAGUGAUGGAGUUGCUGUCAUGACAACCCUGGAAGUCGGUGCGUGUGUGAGUCGGAGAUGUUUCUGCGAGGAAGGAGGUGCUGAAACUGGGGGAAGCAGCUGAGUUUGGUGUGUGUGGCUCCGGCGAGGUUCUCCUGUCGGCCAGUUGCAUCUUCUGCAUCUUGCCCUGCCUAAAGCCAGGGAGGGAUAGAGAGAGGGGGCACCGCGGUUUCGUGUGCCCCCGGCGUUCGCUCCUUCUUUCUACCUUCUCUGCUGGUGCCGCGUCUCCCUUGGAGGCUUUGGAUGUAACGGGGCGACUGGCGUGUUUGCAUUUUGGAUUCAAGGAAGUUGAACGGAGGGAGCUGCUGCAGAAUUCCUGGGGUUUGGACGUGCCGUGCCGUGCCGAAGCUGCGUGAAUGGUGUAUUGCCCUCCGUCUCACGCUCCUCCUGCAGCAGCAACUACGGCUUUUUAUAUAUAUCUAUAUCUAUAUCUAUAUCUCUAUACUUUGUAUCUCUACUAUUGUUACAGCUUCCCUCUUCCUCUCCUGGUGGUGACCUUUCUUCUGAAACUUGAUAGAAAGUGUCGGGAUCCUUCUUUUUGUCCCUAUACCAUCUGAGGAAUUCCGACCUGCUUGUGGGUGGCUGAAUGAACCCGUUUUCCCCAUCCCCGGUACCAAAGUGCUUAGUUCUUACCAAAGUGCCAUGUCAGAACUGUUAAUUGGAAGAAUCCUCUCCUGAAAACGUGUCCACACCUUUGCACCUGCCUUCCUCCUUUCUUUUUUCUGCCGGCUCCUCCCUUGCUGGAGGAACACCAAGGGAGCCCUCUUCAGAUGUUGUCGUCCGGGAAUUUGGUUCUCUGAUGCUGGAAAGCUGAGACUGGAUUUGGGGGAGGAUUAUUAGACUUGAAGGAGCUCCCCUCCCCGCCCCAAACACACACACAGUGCUCCUGGUUCGCUCCGUCCCCUUCCUCUCCCCCCGCCCCGCUUCCUGUGACUGGCUGGGGGGCGCCUGCGGUGCCGCUGCUCCAGUUCAGGGAAGUUGUGGCUGUCGAGGAUGGGGGUCGGUGGGUACUUGCUGCUGCCCUGGAGGUUCCUCGUGGUCCUGUCUCUCAGGCUGCUGUUCCUUCUGCCCACAGGAGUGCCAGUGCGCAGCGGAGAUGCCACCUUCCCCAAAGCAAUGGACAACGUGACGGUCAGACAAGGGGAGAGCGCCACUCUCAGGUGCACUGUGGACAACCGAGUCACUCGAGUGGCCUGGUUGAACCGCAGCACUAUCCUCUAUGCUGGAAAUGACAAGUGGUGCCUAGAUCCCCGAGUGGUCCUCUUGACUAACACCAAAACCCAGUACAGUAUUGAGAUCCAGAAUGUGGACGUGUAUGACGAAGGCCCAUAUACCUGCUCCGUGCAGACAGACAACCACCCAAAGACAUCACGAGUCCACCUCAUCGUUCAAGUAUCUCCAAAAAUCAUAGAGAUCUCCUCAGAUAUUUCCAUUAAUGAAGGCAGCAAUAUCAGCCUCACCUGCAUAGCAACAGGUAGACCAGAACCUACAGUUACUUGGAGACACAUCUCUCCCACUGCUGUUGGCUUCAUGAGUGAAGAUGAGUAUCUGGAAAUUCAGGGCAUCACCCGGGCACAGUCUGGAGACUAUGAGUGCAGUGCUUCUAAUGAUGUAGCAGCACCAGUGGUGAGGAGAGUCAAAGUCACCGUGAACUACCCACCCUACAUUUCAGAGGCUAAGAGCACAGGAGUCGCUGUGGGACAGAAGGGAACACUGCAGUGUGAAGCUUCUGCGGUCCCUUCAGCAGAAUUCCAGUGGUACAAGGAUGACAAAAGGCUGAUUGGAGGACAGAAGCGAGUAAAAGUUGAAAACAGACCAUUCCUCUCAAAACUCAUCUUCUUCAAUGUCUCUGAACAUGACUACGGGAACUAUACUUGUGUGGCCUCCAACAACCUAGGCCACACCAAUGCCAGCAUCACACUGUUUGAAGAGAAAACUACAGCCAUGACACCUUGGAAAGCCCCUGGCGCAGUCAGCGAAGUGAACAAUGGGACGUCAAGGAGAGCUGGUUGCAUUUGGCUCUUACCCCUUCUCAUCUUGCAUCUGUUGCUUAAAUUUUGAUGUGAGUGUCACUUCCCCUCUGGGGAGCAGCCUACACCACCUGCAACCACCAACUCAACAGCAGCAAAAAGAGCAUACAAUUGUUUUUUUUUUUUAAGAAUUAAAUGAAAUUAAGAUAAACCAAGCCUAAUGUGAUAAAAAAAAAAUAAGGGAAAGGGCAACUGGGGAUGGGGAGGGAAGGAAAUUGCCUUGGAGAUAUUUAGGCACAACUGCUUAUUUUCUUUAGCCCCAAAUUAUGAGUGCACACUUGGCUUUGGACCCACCUGCACGCUGCAUCAUGUGGCCUCUUUGUUUCCAUGGUGGGCAAAGGGUCAGCUGCUCUUCCUAUUCUGAUGUCCCCCAUCCACUACAGAAGACUUCUGAGUUGGCUAUCCUAAACUCUACUGGUAGAUCCAGAUGUGCAGACCCAGAUGUUCCUAUGGAGGACCUCUUCAAAGACAUUAUGUGUGAUGAAAAGCAAAACAAAAAAUGUGCAAAACAACCCAUUGACAACAAUGAUCCCGCAAAACACAACAACAAGAAAUAUAUUGUUACAUGUUUUUCAUUUUACUACAUGGACAUCAUGGAUAAUAAGGGAUUCUGAUUCAUUAUUAAUUUUAUUAAUUAUAUUUUCUGAUAUGAACCUAGAACUGUUAGUGCAAAAACAAAAGAAAACUUUAAAAAACAUGCAAAAAGAGGUGAAAGAGAAAGUAUGUUUAUUAAACAUUAAAGAUAAAUAGUGUUCUUAACUAGGUUUACAAGUGGUGGAGCAUAGCACCGGGCAUUAGCCAACUGGUGAGGAUUCGGCAUAUCCACCAAAAAAGUGAUUUAACCAACAUCUCUACCAGCGCUACAGAUUUCUCAUCCUUACUUCGGCGUUUAACGCAUACAGUAACUAUGCUAUCUACAAACUGUUUAGAAAUGGAAAGAGUGAUCUCCAUUGUAUGAUGAGUUUGUCAGCUAUGCUUCUUUUAAUGAUACAUACAUAUAUAUGCAUAUAUAUUAUAUAUGUAUAUGCAUAUAUAUUCACACACUUUUUUGUUAUUAGAGUACUAGUCAUUUUCUUUCUCUGCAGGGUCCUUUCUCAGACAUUACUGCAUGCUGUAUAUGGCGUUAGCUGUGUGUUGGUCUUCUAAGAGAUGAUAGAGUUUACUGGUAAUUGUGUAAUCAACUCCUGCCUUUUUUAUUUUCUUGGGUUAUUUACAUGUCGGAGACAUUUAUAGAAAGUAAAAAAAAAAAAAAGAAAACAAA